UUAAUGGAAGAUGGCGGCUGCAGUGUCGUUCCGGUGGUUGGAAAUUUUAGAAAAAGAGUUUGACAAGGCGUUUGUCGAUUUAGAUCUGUUGCUCGGUGAAAUUGAUCCGGACCAAUGUGAAUUGACAUACGAAGGGAGACAAAAAAUGACUGCUCUAAGCGCAGCAUUUGCUCAACUCUGUCAUAAAUCUCAGACGAUUUUUCAGACAAAUGCAAAAUUAGAGGCUCAGGUGCUGGACCUAAAGCAAGAAACUGUGGAGCUUGUUGCCAGCAAGUCAGUCCUGGAAAGGGAGCUACACAAUAUGCUGAUGCAGCUCCACUCCUCCCAGCUACAGCUGCAGGCCAGCAAGGGGCUCGAGGUGGACUCAGAGAGCAUCAAGAAGAAACUGGACAUAGAGAUGGAGUCUCGUGUAUCAGAUGCAAAGAAUGAAGCACUGCUAGAGGCCCAAGCAAAGUCACUACAGAGGGAGAAUACAGAACUUAGGCAGUACAGUCUGGCACUGCAGAGUGAAGUGUACGGGGCAAGGUUGGCAGCCAAAUAUCUAGACAAGGAAUUGGCCGGCAGAAUCCAGCAGAUCCAGUUGCUAGGGCGGGAUAUGAAGGGGGCAGAGCAUGACAAGCUGUGGAACCAGUUGGAGGCGGAGAUACAUCUACACCGACACAAGACCGUCAUACGUGCCUGCAGGGGUCGUAACAACAGGAAGAAAAGGCUCCCAAUACCUCCAGGACAUGAUUUCAACUCUCUGCGUCGAAGACACGGUCUUGGAGACGUAAGGAAGGUCAAUCUGCACAAGGGGCCAGACGAGGGCUUGGGAAUGUCCAUCACGGGUGGAAAGGAACAUGGCGUGCCAAUUCUAAUCUCAGAAAUCCAUGAGGGGCAGCCCGCAGACAGGUGUCAGGCCCUCUAUGUAGGGGACGCCAUACUGGCGGUGAAUAAAAUAGAUCUACGCAACGCCAAACAUGCAGAGGGCGUAAAAAUACUUUCCGAACAGCAAGGUGAUAUAGAGCUGGAGGUGAUGUUUGUUGCCCCAGAUGAAGACAGUGAUGGUGACACUCAUGAUGGUGAGGAGGAACAAAGGUUCAGGUAUCGAAUAUACGAUGAGGAAGUUGCAAGCCAGGAUAAUGAGUACGGGAGUCGUCUCCGAAUGAAUUCUCUAGACCAUAUUGACAAUGGUGCAGCUGCUGGACAGACUAACAAUCUCAACUCCAAUCCACCAACACCCACAUCAAACUCACAACCAGCUAGUCCUUACAGAAAUCCUCCCCCUGGCCAAAAGGCAGCCAUUAAAAGCCCUGCCUCGACCCCAGACACCCCAGACAAGGGCCAGCUGUCAGUGGGAUCCCUACACAUAGACAGUGUGCAGCAACAUUCCCUAACCACGGACCAGUCAGCUUUCCACGGAAGUUAUCACUGAAGAAAAAUGUACAGAACUGUUGUGAUCUUAAAGAAUCUUCAUUGGCAAUGUCUACAGUAGUAGAACUUGUAUGGUCAGCAUUCCAAGGCAGUUAACUCGUCACCAAAAUAGGCACUUUGACUUACUAGAUUUUACUAGAUUAAACUUUUCAAAGCUUCAUUUCAUGCCCUCAGAUACUGAUAAAAUCAAAACAGCAUAAAACCUACAGAUAUUAUUUAAAAAAAAAUGUUUAACUGUUUUAUGGUAGAGCAAAAUAUAAGUAGCUGUGGUAUAGUUUCACAAGUGUAUAUGCUUCAUGAUAGCUAGAGAAUCUGUGACUUGCUCACAGAUGGGCAUUGUAAAUUUACUUAGACAUAACAAAGAUACUUUUAGGAGGGAUUGUGUAUGCCCCACAAUGAGGGCAUAUAGUAGUUGUACCAUCCGUCUGGCUAUAUAAGGUGGGUUAUAACAUGUCCGCAUGCCUUCAUUUUCCCCUAUGUAACUUUAAAAUGGGUGGGAGAAUAAAAAGGUUGUUUUUUUUAAAUAAAUAUUUUCCCUAUGGUUUGAAAAUUCACAUGCUUGUUGGUUAAAGGUCAAGGUAACUAUUCAAGGUCAAAGAUCAAGGAUUUUCUUUUAGGCCACACAACGUUAAAAUACCUCGGAGAAUUGAAAUAUUACUGAAACUUAAGAUUUCUCAAUUACUUCAUAAGCCGUCAUUUAUAAUAAUCGCUCCUCAGUGAAAGGUAAGGGUUGAAAUUCAAAUCAAAGAUGACAAACUUUAAUUUCCAUUUUUUUUUAAGAUUUCUGUAUUCUGAAUAAAUAUUCCUCAUAAGGUUAAUGCCAGAAGGUGUUUCAUGUGUUGUGCUUAUGCUCGUAGGUGAAAGGUCAAGGUCACAUUUCUAGUUCAAAUGUUUUAAUUUUCAUUUCAGAAUUAGAACUAUUGAUAAUUAAUUUGUGUCUUGUUCCUUUUAUUUAAUAAUGCAGUGUGCCAUUGACAAGCAUUGUUGCAUAUUUCACAUAAAGUAAAAUCUCUUAUUUAGGAUAUAUGUCUUCCAGGUCUAAAAUGAAAGUCUGUUUCUUUAAGGGACUUGUUCACAAUAUGGCAAAAUGACCAUUUAAAAAACAUUGUCAGAUUUAAUAAAGAAUGUAUGCAAUGAUUUUAAAUAAUACUCAUAACUAAAAAAAUAUUUAAAGUACGGGUUAGUUUAUUGACAAACUUAUGUGUUUGUGACUUAUUUAGCACAAACAGGUAUUGGUAGUACCGACAUGUCAUUUUAACAUCUAUAUAUAUUAUAUAUUAAAAAGUCUGCGUGAUGUAGCAGUAGCGAGUUUGCUUAUGCUUCAAGAGAUACCACGUUCGACACCAGGGCGGGGCAUUUUUUAAACUUGAUAUUUUCCAUUUGUUAUAAUUAUUUAAGACUAUUCCAAUAUGUUUUUUAGUAAAUUCAUUUAAUGGAAUAUUUUUAAAAUACAAAAAUCUGCUUACAGGUCCCUUUAAACGGUAACAAGUUCAAAGGAGAUCUUUGUUUAACAAACAAUUGUUUACAAAUGUGUUCAUUUACCAAGUCAAAGUUUUAGCACAGUUGGAUAUACAUUUCAUGGAUAUGAACACCAUUAAUUGUGAUCUUAAGAGAGUUAAAUCGUACAUGAAUGUGGGAGUUUAAUGUGGAAACAGUUAGUAGAAAAUGUGUACAAUAUUUUACUGGUGUGUAUUGGUGCUUGAUGGUUUAUAUAUCUCACAAAAUAUAUUAAUAUCAUCUUUUUUUUUACACAUGAGGGACAGAUAUUCAUUAUUAUAUUCAGGUAUUUAAUACUUUUUGAGGGUAUACACCAAUUGUUUGAUGUUUUCCUUUUGAACACUUUCUGUAUAGCCCUUUCAGCCGGGUUGUUCAAUAUCUUUGGGAUACAAUUAAUUGACUUUAAACAGAUUCAUCUGGCUCCUUUAACCCUUUCCCACUCAGAAGCAAAGUGAAAAUGCCUAAUUGCAAACAGCACAAAACCAGAACAGCCUUCAAGUUACUGGCCGUCUGUUCAGGUUUUAUGCUGUUUGCUGCUCAUUAGUAUCUAAUUUUUCGAAAUGAAGCCUUUAAAACUAGAAUCUUUUAGGAUAGGUCUUUAAUUAAAUUUAACUUUCUAAGGGACUACAAAUGCGUCAAAGUACAUAUCUAAGAGGUAAAGGGUUAAUAAGGCUACAGUUGGUUGGCAUACUUUUCACUCACAUAUACUCACCCUCAUAAUAUUAAUCUUCAUUUUGUGACAUAAUACUUAUGUAUCAGGGUUUUAUCUGCCUAUUUUGGGAAAAGGAGUCUGACCAAAUUGGGAAUUUUUAUUGACAAAAUUGUCCAUUUUGGGAAUUUUCGAGUCAUGAAACGGUCAAUUUGGGAAUUUUAUCAUGCUUAAAUAAGUAAGUGGUUUUACAAAAAAACAUGUUUUCUUUUGUUAUUUUGUCUUUAAAAACAAACACUGGUAACAGGUAAGUAAGUCACACAAGUCACAGCAUGAUUUUUCUUUGCUUUCUGUCUUUUGCAUUUGAUGGACUUGAACUUGGAGACUGAACAACAACUUUCUUACUAGGCUCCGAAGAAGAAUUAUCGACCGAGUCGGACAAUGGAACAGCCAUGGGUAUUUCACUUGCUUGCACUGCUUGUUCGGGGUUACUAGAGGGAGUAGAAGAUUCAGCGAUUUCCGCAAACAUCGACGUUAUCGUCGAACAUCCUUUUGCAUCUCUUUUUCUUGGUUUUUUGCUGUAGUACUUAUCGUUAUGGGAAGCCAUGCUUGAAAAUAAGUGUCUACAGAUUUGGACUAGAAUGUGUAUUGUGCGGUUCUAUAUACUUGUUAUAAUGCGGAACAGUUCGAACCUUAUAGCUGUCAAUGUUGGCAGAUGCAUCCGGCGAAUACACCUGCUAAAAUCUGAGUCGCUAAAGGCUUAAUUACGUCACGGAUGAAGGGAAGUCACUCUUUCGAUAUAAAUUAUGUUUUUUGGAAUUGGGAAAUAUGUAAUCAAAAUUGGAUUGGGAACGGGUCCAUUUGCUUUGGGAAUGCCUCCGUUGUCCGGAGGCGCAGACAGUGCAAAAAAAAAACCCUGUGUAUUCACUUUAUUUGUUGAUUAUGAUGCAAGUCUUUCAGACUGUUUUAUUAUCACUAAAUUUGGUGCAACAUAUUCUUCAUUUUAAUUGAAAAAUGUGUUUACAUGUUCAAAUAACAUGAUCAUACACAUGUAUAUUUCAGCUUAAAUCAAUGGUAGCACAUGUAUUUGUUAAGGAUUUGUAAAGAAUGUGAUAAAUACAUGUAUGCAUGUAAAAGUCUUAUUUAACACUGAAUGUUCUAAUAUUGGAAUGCUUACAUUUUUACAUCACCUAUGAUGGCAUGAUUGUUAGAAGAUAUUCCUAAGCUCAUUGCAAUAGAGAUGAGCUGAAUUUAAUUCAAUUCAUAUUAUAUCAUUAGUUAGUGUGAGACUGGAUUGAAUGAUAAAUUUUAAGUUCAACAGAUGCGUCAUCAAAUCUCAAUCAUAAUUAAAUAAACACCCUUAGACAUCAUAAGAAUGUUUAGUCAUUUAAUUUUUCAUUCAAAAGCGCACGAUAACUUUGUUUGUUAUUUUUCAUAUAGCAUGUGGUAAUGUUUGUGAUUUUAGAUCAAUUAAAAUAUCCCUAAACAAUAGCUUGGGAGGGGGAAAAACUUUUGUGGGCAAGUUUGUGGUGAUCGUCUAUUUUAAUAUUAUGUUGUGGAGAAUCAAAGUUCAGAUAUAUUAAUCGACUGUGGAGUGUGAAACUGUUGUACGUCUUGUUACAAAUGUUAAGUAGAUACAAUGUUCCAACCUAAACUCUCGAUAUGCAAGUUUUGUUGUCAUAUCUUUAGAUAUCUUUAUAAAACUAUAGUUUGUGAAGUCCAGAAAAGCUGAAAAUGAAACUGGGACAACACUUUCGGCCUAAACUUGAUUUUCGGAAGGAGGGACUUCCUUAAAAUUAAAAAUACCAUUAAAGCGGAAAGUGAAGUCCCUGAUCAUGGCUCAAAUUGUACUGUGAUCCAAAGCUUGCCAUCAUCACCCAGAUACUUGUAAAAUCUAUUAGCAGCACUACUUAUCUUGAUCUACUUGUAUUCACUUUUGUUUCUGCUGUGUUCAAUAAUGCUCCUACAGAUAAUUAAUUGCUUUAUGCUUAAAUUGAUUUACAUGUACCUGGUUACUCAAUUCCAGAAAGGAAUCUAAUGUUUUAAUUAAUUGUAACUUUGGCUAAUGUAUUCUUUAAUAUCAGUGUCAGGUUAAUGGCAGACCUGUACCUUUACAGUAAUGUACCCUUUUUUUCAGAAUAUACAUCUGAUUCAUAUGGAUAAAUAUAAACAAUAUAUUUAUAAUUUUAUGGUUUAAUUUUCUGUUGAGAUGGAUAGAACAGAAGCCAACACUGCAAAGUGCAAGCAAGGGGCUUAAAAAACUGCUGAUUAAUUUAAUUGUACUUAUCUUCCCUUGUUAUGUGUUACGAUCAAAUCAUUGGCAGCUACAAAACCUUGUAGUUUAAUACUGAUGUUAAUUGCUAAUUAACUAAUCUUUUUGUUUGAUUUAUUACAAACCGUUCUUUUGCUGUGAUAAUUGAACAAUCUCAAUUUCCACAAUCAUUCUGGUGCAUAAAUGCUUUAACAGUUAUGUAGGGAAGAUAAAUGAGUUGAUAUGGUUUAUUGUUUUAGUAAAUGAAUUGAUGAUGAAUUUAUUUCAAGUCUUUUUUUAUGAUUUUUGCAAAGUUAUGUUCUUUAAAAACAGUUAUGGACUGUGUCUUUCAAAAAGGUCUGUGUACUGUGUAAAGAUAUCAGCUGAACUAUCCAGAUUGUGGAGUAUUAAAUGAAAUACAUGUUUGCAGAAAUAUAAAAGUCUGAUUAAUGUAACUGUUGUUACUAAUUUACUAUGCUUCGUGUUUUAUUAUUCUGUUAAUGUUUAUUAUAUGUUAAAGAAUUUUAUACCACAUCUGUAUAAUAUUAUAUUUAGAUGUAAACAAUUUCAGCAUUCUGCAUGUUUGUGAUUUCUGUUGAAUCCAUUAUUUCCUAUUAUAUAUUUAUAUUUAUUUUUUUGUAUUUUAACUGUUGGUAAUAUUAUGUAAAUUAUUGGUUUUUAAAUGUUAAGAUCAAUAUGUGAGGGAAAAAUAAACAUUUGUAUUAAACAAAA